AUUUUGGAGUCAAAAGAUGCGCCAUUAUUAUACGAGUUACCCAAAAUGAUUAUCCUAAACUUUUAUGUUGUAUUGGUGGAGAUCUGCUAAUCCUCGGUGGCAAUUCGCUGAUCUGCCAUUGUGGUGGCGGUCCGCCGAUGGGCGGCGCUCACCGUGCCCUAAGUCUUGUGCCCAUCGUACACCACGGGGGUACAGCCAUGCACAGCGAAAGCAUCUGGACCCACUACUACUAGAUAAAUCGAAAGGUAUCGAAGACAUAUACGCCAUCCCCCGAUACUCUAGCGCUCGCUGUCGCAUUCACCUCCACUCGAACGAGCAGCGCCAAGGCUCCAAGGCCAUGCCUCAACUUAUCGAUCCCGCACAACACACUCACACACAUACACACAAAUGCAGUUCCAAUCGGAACGAUGCGACAUAUGAAGCCGUAUAGCUACCAGGCCGACUAGUGCGCCUACCGAAAUAGUCGGUCUGCUGGCAUCUUCACGCUCGACCGCUUCUACGACGGGCUCAACGCAGCAG